AAUCCCCUGUCAGUAUUUCUCAGCACUGUGCUGAAGCGGGUCUGUUGCAUGCUCAAAAUUUAGGACUACACAAGUGUAUCUUGUUUAUAUGAUUUCUAGAAAUGGGGUCAUCAUCUUCUAGAAAUCCGCGUCCUCUUAUCAAAGAACCAUGGGUGCAGAUCAACUGGGGCAGAGGUGAUCGAGAGAAUGACCUGCAGUUUAUAAGAAACUACAAACCUCGAGCUGAUAAUCAGCAGCUCAGGAUUCUUCUUCACGGACCAGUUGGAGCGGGAAAAUCAAGUUUCGUUAACUCUGUCUGCAGCCUCUUCCAAGGCAGAGUGUGUACCAGUGCAAUGGUGAAUAAUGAUGUUGGGGAUAGCUGCACCAAAAAGUUUUCCACAUAUAGGUUCGAAAAGGAUGAUGGACAGAACUUUUACCCAUUUGUAAUAAGUGACAUGAUUGGCCUUGACAACACCAGCAGAAGAAACAGAAACAUCCAUGUGAAAGACAUCAAAGAGGCAAUGAAGGGACGCAUAAAAGAUGGUUACACGUUCAACCCUGAAUGCAAGAUAUUGAAGGAAGAUCGACACUUCAACAAUUCUCCUACCCAAAGCGAAACAGUACACGUCCUGGUUUGUGUCAUAGACGCAACAACAGCAACUGAACUGAAUCCAGAGGUUGUGGAAACAAUUAAGGACAUCAGAGAUGAAGCUGCUAACUUGGGUAUUCCUCAAGUUGCCAUUUUUACCAAAAUCGAUAAGGCCUGUCCCAAAACUAAACAAGAUGUGAAAGAUGUUUACAGGAGCAAAUUACUGCGUUCAAAGAUCAAGCGAUUCAGUAAAAAAGUGGGGAUCCCAGUGAGCUGCAUCUUCCCAGUCAAGAACUACACUGAAGAGAUUAAGCUUACAAAUGACAUAGAUGUGCUGCUCCUGAGCACCAUGAGACGUAUCAUUAACAUUGGAGAUGACUUUCUCAAUAAAAGAAAAGAUUAAGAUGGUAAAUGUAAAAAAAAAAAAAAGAAAUAUUAGAAAAACUGCAGAAUAAUGAAUUAAAUAUGAAAUAUUUCUGUGUUUAAUCAGCAUAGAUCAAAGCAGUUUAGUAAAAUGGAAAUAUGUCGAUCAUAUCAGGUUUGAAAGUGUUAAAAGUUAGUUUUAAUAAAGGAAUCAUAAUUAAGUAUUAAAUAUCCAUGUAAAUAAUUCUGAGAAAAUCGUUUUGUUCUGUUUUGUUUUGUGCAGUCGAGAUGUAAAUACUUGGACAUAACUGAUAUGUAACUGUGUUGGUGACUGAAUAAAAUUUAUGUUAACCUUG